CCCAAGUGAACGCAACAUGGGUCAGCUGAUUGCCUCACAUGACACAUUUUUUAAUUUCAGUCCUACAUGGAGUAACUACAUAGACUAGGUAGCGUAAUAUUUACAAGUAUAUUUCAGUUCCAGACGGGAAACGGACUAUAAUCUCGCAUUGACCACAUUUUACUGACAUAAUCAUGCUUUAGAGUGCGAGGAGGUUACUUAAGAAAUUGUAAUGCUAGGUUUCUCCCCGAUGAACGUGAAACUGAUCCGCAGACUGCAACCGCGCCCGUUUGUCUAGACCCCGGGUGUCCCGUGGACGUGUUGAGAUACUUCUUUUAAGAGCCUAUUAGUCAGCUAUUUCGCAGAGACAACACAGCAAAUAUGACUCCGGAAAGAAAGUCCCUUCUGAACAUCUUUAUCCUGGGCUUCGGGUUUAUGUUCAUGUUCACGGCCUUCCAGACUUGUGGCAAUGUCGAGCAAACAGUGAUAAAGAGCUACAACAGCACAGAGUUCCAUGGGAGCGGUUAUACCAGCAUGUCCAUCAUUUAUGGUGUGUUCUCCGCCUCGAACCUGAUCGCCCCGUCCGUGGUGGCUGUGGUGGGCCCCCAGCUCUCCAUGUUCUUCAGCGGGCUGCUGUACAGCGGAUACAUAGCCAUGUUUAUUCACCCUUUCACUUGGUCCUUCUACACAGCCUCUGUGCUGGUUGGGAUUGGUGCUGCAGUGCUUUGGACAGCACAGGGGAACCUCCUGACGAUAAACUCCACAGAUUCCACCAUCGGCAGAAACAGUGGCAUCUUCUGGGCGCUGCUUCAGUUUAGUUUAUUUUUUGGAAACCUGUAUAUAUAUUUCGCCUGGCAUGGGAAAGUCACAAUAACAGAUAAGGACCGGCAGACCGUGUUCAUCUCGCUCACGGUCAUCAGUCUGGUGGGCAGCUUCCUGUUCUUCCUGAUCCAGCGUCCGGAGCCGGAGGUCCUGCCCGCUGAGGUCCCGGAGUCACCGGUGCCCGCGGAGAACUCCGACAGCAGCUCCGUCGCCGUAGCACCGCGUGGCUUGUGGUCCCAGGCGCUGGAAGCUUUCAAGAAGGCCCUCCAGCUGUCUGUCACCAAAGAGAUGCUUCUGCUGAGCAUCUCCAUCGGCUACACAGGUCUGGAGCUGACUUUUUACAGUGGGGUGUACGGGACGUGUGUGGGUGCCAUGACGCAAUUCGGGGAGGAUGCCAAGGGCCUGAUUGGCCUGUCCGGGAUUUUCAUCGGCAUUGGAGAGAUCCUGGGAGGGGGCGUGUUUGGGAUGCUGAACAAGGACAAUAAGUUUGGCAGAAACCCCGUGGUGCUGCUGGGACUGGUCACGCACUACCUGGCGUUCUUCCUCAUCUUCCUCAACAUCGCCAGCGAUGCCCCGAUGGCACCAGAAGAGGGCACCCACAUGCAGGCUUUCAUGACUCCCAGUGUCCAGGUGGCGCUCCUGUGCAGCUUCCUGCUGGGCUUGGGCGACAGCUGUUUCAACACCCAGCUGCUGAGCAUUGUGGGAUACAUUUUUCACGAUGACAGCGCACCUGCCUUCGCUGUGUUCAAGUUUGUUCAGUCCAUCACCGCGGCGGUGGCCUUCUUCUACAGUAACUACCUGCUGCUGCACUGGCAGCUGCUCAUAAUGGUGGGCGUGGGCUUCCUGGGCACACUAACCUUCUUUGCAGCGGAGUGGCAGGUCACCAGGCGCCGACAGGAUUCUGACUACGACAGCAUCUGAGCCGCAACAGGAAGUACUCCGGCAAGAGCAGGAACGCGGGGUGUGGUGAGCGGGGUCCGCCCCUCUUAAAUAACCCCCUCAAACCCCCCCCCCCUCCUCGUGUCACUAGCCUCCCAAGGGACAAACAGGACUUGCUGUGGGACAACCUGAGGGGAACAUCUUCCUUUUCAUUUUCAUUUUUUUUUUGUUUUUGGGCCAUCCACAAACCAAAUCAAGCAAAUCAAGGCAGCGCACAUGUUCUCCUUAAGGCAGUUGACCUGUUUUAUAUCGUUACUGUUUUUCAGGUUGAUAAUAAUUAAUAAUUAAUUUUUCAGGUCGGCGCAACACAAUCGGUGUUCAGUAAUAAACCGUCAUGUUUUCAUUCGCCUGAUGAGUUAGAUUCAGAUUUGAAAAUGGCUGUCCCCUUCAGCGGGACAAAAGCUGGAAUACACUCCAAUGACGCACUUAAGUGUAAAAACGCUAACUGUCUGUUUAUCGUCAGUGGCUGCAGUCACAAUGAGAACUUCUCUGAGCCAAUAUCAUUUUUAAAGCACUUUUAAUUACAGUGAAUCUCCCUGGUCAUUCUCAGCGCGGACAGAGUCUGUGCUGCAGCAGGGCACGGGGUUCAGUAAACAUGAUGCCACUGUUGAGGAAUAUAUGACCGGAAACGUGAGCAGACCUUGAAUCUAUUAUUGAUUCAUCUCUUUACAAAGUGGCCCAGAGUAUUGAAAAAUGGUUACCAAAGUAACUUAUGCUGGUUUAUGAUCUGCCUCAUUGCAUUAGUCUGUUUACUUGAAUCAUACUGAACAUGUUUAGAACUGCUCGACCGCUUCUGAGAUGAAAGCGCUGACCUUUGAGUCAAACAGCAGAACUGGCCUUCAGGAAUGUGCCAAGGGACAGCUGCUCCCUCACCGUCAAAAUGUCGACCCAGGAGACCUCCAUGUGAGGCUUGUGGACUUUGCUCUCUCCAUUCAGAAACUCUCUCUCUCUCUCUGCGUUGUGCAUUUGGCAGAGCACUCGAGCAUGGCAACAUAGCUGCUGGUUAUUCUCUGCAAUGGCAUAUUCGGGAUCAGGGCAAAUUUGGACAAACCUCUAGCUUCUUCUCCACAAGGUUUUCUUUCUUUUUUUUUUCAUUCUCUGAAUCAAGAAAAUGCAAUAUACAUUAUGAAACUACAGUGAAAAUCCCCAGUAUGGAAGGAUAUUGUGCACUUAUUUAAUAUUACCCUUUACCUCACAGUAAAAUGUCUUUACAGUCCUCUGGUUAGUGCAUCUCUGAAUGUAGAUGCAUUUUAUGCAUGUUAAAAUUAAUGAGAAAUCUAUCUGCUGCUCAGAAUACCUGGAAGUGGAUCUUGGAGGGACUGUUCUCUUUGAGGCAGUCCUCCAGAAGGAGCAGACGACUUGAAUUCAGUUUCUGGGAAAGGUGAAAGGGAAAAGAGAUGCUGAACAGGACUUUGAGGGAAUCUGGUCAGAUGUGACUUGUUUUAUACCGAUAUCUGCUCUCGAACUUGAAUGUACAGUACCUUGUGAUUAACGCCAGAGUUUCCAUGCUUGAUUUUUUUAAAUGAUUAUUUUCAGCCUCAUUUUUUCUCUUCAGUGGCAACAUUUAUAGUUGUUAAAUAAAUAAAUGACACAAUUUAAACAGAAAAA